AUGGACGCACACCACCAAGACCCAGAAGAGUUCUACGUGAAACAAGACCGGAUUGGAAAGGGAUCAUUCGGAGAGGUGUACAAAGGAUACGACAAACGUACCCAGAAGACAGUUGCCAUCAAGAUCAUAGACCUCGAGAGUGCGGAGGAUGAGAUUGAAGACAUCCAACAAGAGAUCCAGAUUCUUUCCCAGUUAGACUCUCCCCACGUUACGAAGUACUAUGGCUCCUACCUCAAAGGCGCGCACCUCUGGAUUGUCAUGGAAUAUUGCUCGGGAGGAUCGUGUUCAGAUCUCAUGAAACCUGGCGUUUUCAGGGAGGAGUACAUUGCCAUCAUCAUCCGAGAGCUACUUCGUGGACUGGACUACCUGCAUACGGAAGGGAAACUUCACCGUGACAUCAAAGCGGCUAAUAUCCUGCUUUCGGCCGGCGGCGAGGUUAAGCUCGCUGACUUUGGCGUCUCGGGCCAGUUAUCGGGCACUCUAUCGGCAAAGAAGAACACCUUUGUCGGCACGCCAUACUGGAUGUCUCCCGAGGUCAUCAAGCAGAGCGGAUAUGAUCACAAGGCGGAUAUAUGGAGCUUGGGAAUUACUGCGAUAGAGCUGGCGAAAGGGGAGCCUCCUUACGCAGAACUACACCCAAUGAAGGUUCUCUUCCUCAUCCCAAAGAACCCACCUCCGCAGCUCGACUCUAGCUUCUCAAAGCCGUUCCGGGAGUUCGUCUCGUACUGCCUUCAACGGGACCCACGCGACCGGCCGUCUGCUCGUGACCUACUCAAGCACAAAUUUGUGCGCUUAGCCAAGAAGACGAACUAUCUGACCGAGCUGAUUGAGCGUCAUGAACGUUGGCGAGCGGAGGGUGGGGAGAGGAUAGAGCAGGAAGAACUCAAUGCUGAAGAUCUAUCUGCACCUGCAGAUCCAGAGGACUUGUGGGACUUCGGUACCGUUCGCAAUGUCGGGCGUCCUGGGACGAUUGGCCGCGCUAACCCGAAUCCUGUGCAAGUAACGGGCCCGCCUCUGACGUGGGAAUAUACGAAGGAUGGGACGGCGCAGCGUUCCACACCCGUACCCACUGUCAACGGUAAUGGUGCCGGGACCGCACGGCGUGGCUCUGCUUCAGAUUCGACCUCCAUGGCUUCAUCGAUAACUGCGAAGGGCGAUCGUUUACCAGCUGUGCCUCGGGAGGCGCAGGACCAGCAAGCGACUGUUCGGGAUACCCCUAUCAGCCAGCGGACGGCCUACCGCGAGCCAUCGGACGAGUACGAUGAUUACGAAGAUGACCACCCACCCGAAGACGAGCUGGCUGACACAGCAAUGCUUGAUACCGUGGUUCUUCCCGCCAUUGCGUCGCUUUUCCCUCGAGUGUCAACGCAAGAAGCCCGCGUAGCGCUGAGCGCCUUACAGCGCGCCUUCACUGACGCUGAGCGUAUCAUUCCCGGCGUAACUCUGGAACUCGUGAAUGAGAUAGUGGACUCUGUCGAGCAUGUUGAAGAGGACCCGCGUUAA